UACUGCAAUCCCCAUAUUUAACCUCGGUCUUCUGGCAAGCGUGAGCAACGCUGACAGCACGCCUGCGCAGUGCGUCUCCACUGGCUCGGUGCUGAAGUUGGGCGGAUGGAGGAAAAAGCACCGCUGAUGGAAAAGAAGCGGCGGCAUGCCAUUUUACUGUUAUGAAACAAAUGGAAACUCAAACACUUUUAAAUUAACCACAGUUUCAGAUUUUCUUCUAAAAUAAAAAAGGAUGUGAUGCCAGGAUCCCCUCCUGUAUAAUGGAUGGCCUGCCCAUUGACCAUUAAGUUCUGCUGAAAUUCAGGUGGAGACUACCACGCCCCUUUUCCUCAUCUGUCAUUGUUGCACCCAGUCAGGGAUGAUGGGAAAUGUACCCAGUGGAGACACCUCUGGUCUGCUGCUUUGUCUCUGUCCUUUGCAAGUCCAUUCCUUAGCACCAUGAUUUUCCUUCUUGACCCUUCCAGACAUACCUGCUAAUUUUUUGCCCCGAAGUUCAAACCGAGUUGAAAUGAGAAAGCGGCAGCAGUCACACACUGAAGGACCCCUUCAGGCACCUGGCCACCCAAGGCCCAAUACCUGCUGCUUGUGCUGGAGUGGCUGCUGCAAAUGCCCCUGGAAUGAAGACAGGGUGGGUCGCACUGAACAGCAGACGUGUACUAAAAUGGACAGUAUUGAAGCGACAAGCGAGCAGCAUCCCACAUUGGAAGAGGUCAUAGCGUGGUCACGCAGCUUUGAGAAAAUGAUGUAUACCCAAGAAGGCAGGGCGAUCUUCGGGGAAUUCCUGCGCUCUGAGUACAGUGAAGAGAACCUGCUUUUCUGGCUGGCCUGUGAAGACUUGAAGCAGGAGAAGAACCUGCCUGUGAUCAGUGAGAAGGCCAGAAUCAUUUAUGAGGAUUAUGUUUCCAUACUUUCUCCAAAAGAGGUCAGCCUUGAUUCGCGAGUCCGAGAAAACAUCAAUAAGCACCUGGCAGAGCCCAGCAGUGAGCUCUAUCAGGAGGCCCAGUUACAGAUCUACACCCUGAUGCAGAGAGACUCCUUCCCCCGCUUUCUCAACUCCUCCAUUUAUAGGAAGCUCGUGGACAGCAAGAGCAGUACACAUUUGGAAACUUGAACAAAUUUUUCAUCUUCAAAAAAACUUAUAUAUAUCCUUUUUGUAAACCAAUGUUAAAUGCCCUUUCCUACUGGUAAACUUAAUUAGAAACCUCUCAGACAACUCUGAAAAGAAGAAAUGGAAGAAAGGAAUACCUCUAUAUCUUUCUUCUAUGAGCCUGGCUUUAAAAAUGAGUUCUAUUUUUCACUUUAUUUAUAUUAUCAAAGUCAAAGACCUUGACUGUGAUGAGUUUUGUUUUCUAACAUUGAUUUUGCAUGCAAGAAGGUUUCAGAAAUUCUGUUUUCUGGCAGAAAUUACAAUGGGUUGCAAGGAAUUAUGGGAAAUUAUGUUUGAGCAUAUGUAUGGUUGUAUUGUUAGCACUGGCUUAUCAAGUGCACAAUUUGGAUGGGAUUUAGUGUCUGAUGUUUUUCCUUAUUUUCAACCUAUCCAUUUAGAAUACAACAGCAAAGCAAGGGCUAGAAUUACAAAGUAGUUGGAGAGAGCAUGUAUAUUACGAAAAUAAUUUUAUAUUGUAAAAAUCCCUACAGCCUUUAUUUAAGAAAAGGGAAUAAGAGCUGUUCCAAGUUCUCUAUGAUUCCUUCCUGUGAUUUCUUGCCCAGAGCAAAACAUUUAAAGCACAGGAGCAUGAGGGCUUAGGAUUUUUAAAAAUCCAAUCUGUGUUUAGUAUUAUGAAUUAAAUCUCAAAUGUAUUUUAGACAGUCCAUGGCAACUGGUUUCCAUACUUGUUUUUUGUUUUUCUAGUGUAGAUAUGUUAACAAAGAGAUAGGAUUAGCAACAACAUAAUUAAAUUGCCUUGUUUUUUUAAAGGUAAGAAUCAGAUUCAGGUGGCAGAGCAGUUCAUUUAUUCACAGUUAACAGGACAUGAUGAGAUGGUGGAGGUAACAUAGUUUCAUUGGUUAGUUUUAUGUACUGCUUUGGUAGUUUUUUUUUUUUAAAUGUAUGCUUACUGUGUAAAGUAAAAAAAAAUGUUUAGUAAUGCUUUUGGCUAUGGAAUGUACACUUGACCUGCAAGCAGGACAUUCUAUAAGUGCAAUGGGCUUUCAUUUUGAAUUGGAAGCCAAAUUCUGAAUUCAAUAUGCUAUGAAAAGGAACUUGAAGUUUGUGUCACAGCUGAUGUUUAACAUUCGGGGAAAGGAAUAUUUUGUUCUCAGUGAUAACAAAGCAGAAGGCAUCAGAAAAUGCUAGUGCACAAAUGUCUAUGCAAGCACCUACAAACACACAUUGUGGUAUUUUUAACUGAUCAUGUCCUUUGGCCUUCCCCCAUUUUAUGUCCCCUGAGCGGAGGACAUUGUAAAUUCAUGAUCGGUGAUGGCAGAAGUUGAUUAGGAUUGUUUAAGGAUUUGGCCAGUAAUGAGGUCUGCAACACAGGACUACAGUACAUUCGCCAAGCUUGCAAUGCACAAAAUACAGCCUCAGGUAAGCCUGAUUACAGUAACGUUGUACUGUAAUUUGAAUGGAGGUAUGCUGUGUUCCAUACCCUAUAUUACUAAAGUUGCCUGAUCAGCAACAUGCAAACAGAUUUUAACAGCAGACUUUGUGUUGCCCAAGCUAACUAGCUACAUUCAUUUGUGACUAACUAAAGAUUGGGGUUGGCCAGUUUAUGGAAAAGAAUAACUGAACUGUAUAUGUAUGUGAACGGGCGGUGCAGGUUAGUGUUAAAACUACCUGUUAAGAUAUUUAUACUAUGGUGUAUGUUUGGGAAUUAAUUUUAUUUUUAUGGAUGUAAUUGUAAACUAGGUGACAGAGCCCACAAAUUACUUUAGCUCAUCACAUGAUUUCUUGCUGGAUUGUAGCCACUGGACCUGAAAUGUGUUCUUUAUGCACUCAGGACCAGUGACAAGUGAAAUUGACAUGUUUUUGGUGGUCAUUCAUCUACAGUAUGCCUGCCAUUUCCAGUGCUAAUGUAAAACAUUUGCAUGUGUAAAGUAUUCAUCUUAAAAAUGAAAAAUUUGAAUAAUUAUAUGAAACCGGUUCCCAAUAUCCACAGUAGUGCUAUUGAAACAGCAUUUGUCUAUCUCUUUUAUUAAGACAAACUGUUCUCACCUUUCAUUUUCAAAUUCACUAUAUUGUGUUGUAUAGUUAUAUGAAUAUGGACUGUGAAACUGCAAACUACUGAACAUUGUUACGCAACAUGCUAUAUUCCUUUCAUUUGAGGUUCAGUACAUGGUUAGUUUUAAUGUCAAUGCUAUGUAGUGGUAGCUGAGGCUAAAUUCAGAAGGGGAAUGGUAGCCUAGGAUCAUCCAAUAAUGUGUGCAAUUGCAUGCAUUUGGCCAACACUGACUAUGAGUAAAUACAUUACUAUAAUAGUGGAUUGCAGAUAUACUGUUUAAUUGCCUGCUUAAUAUGAAGUUAUUGAUCCUUCAAAAAAAAAAAAAAAUUCAGAUUACAUCCAUUUGAAUUGUGUCAUGAUUUAUGAACUGCUAAAUAUUUUGCCAGUUAUAAAUAAACCUAACAUGGUGUAAACCUAUUGAAUGGAGAGGCUGAUACAUCAAAUUAAAUCUUGGUGCAUUUCCACAAAGUUUACUAGGAAAUUGUAGACAGUCCCUGAGGGAUAUGACUGGAAACGGAAACCAGUCAUUUUAACCAAAUAACUGACUACAAAGAGUGUGACACUCUGGAGACAGCAAAGUUCAUGGCCACACAGGCUUACUACAGUAUAUGCUUUUUAAUGGGAUAAAGUGUCACAGAUUUUCAUAUUGCAUUCCCUUGUUUGCAUAUCCUAUUCUCUCUGUUGUUUUCAUUUGUUUCAUUUCAUUGGUGUCCUUUUGUUUCAACUUUCUGCUCAAUAAUAACAAAAUGUACAGAUAGUCAAAUGUUACAUAGCACUGUAUCUGUUAGAAUGGAUAAAUUGGAAUGAAAGAUUAAGUAUCUUGACAGAGGUUUUAUUGACAUUAUUUUUUAAAAUACUGUAUGGUAUCUUUUGUAACCAGAGAAAUGCUGGCCUUACUUUGUAACACAAGGUUUGUCAUUAUACUUUACAUAUGAUUUAGUACUACCUCCCAUAUUAGCACAUCUAAUACACGUCUAGUUGUUGUGAACAGCUUAUAUAUAGAAUUACUUGAAGCCCAACACUGUAAACAAAAUGUGCAUAGAGAACAAUCCUAUGUGCCGUGAUAUGAUUUCAAGAGAAACUGACUCUUGUUCUUUGCGAAAUUGUGUUCUGCUGGAAAAAAAAUAUUUAGUAAUAGGUUUAAAGAAUUCAGGAAAUGUACUGUCUAAGGGCUAGCUUCAUUUUGCCUAUGCAAAUAUUUUUUCGAAAGGAACAGUUUGGAGAGCUUUCUGCCUCUACUGCAAAGAACAUGGUUCACAAUGCCCUUUGCUGAUUUAAUCAAGUUAAGGAAGUUUUCACAUUCAUUUUAUUUGUAUCUACAAUUAUAUAUAUCAAGAGUAUGUGAAAUAGUGUAUACUAUAUAGAUAAUAUAGUGUAUGCAUAUGUGAUGUUUAAAGCAUUUUUGAAGUUUGGCUUUUAAUAAAUGUAUAUCUUUCUGAA